AUGUCUUUUACAAAUAAAAGAAGAUAUGAAGAGUCAUAUCUAAGUUUCGGCGUCACUGUGCUUACUGCUGGUGGAGUAGAAAAACCACAGUGUGUUCUGUGCUUUGAGGUGUUGGCAGCUUCUUCGCUGAAACCUAGCAAGCUAAAGCGGCAUUUGGAAACGAAACAUCCCAGUGCAGUCAACAAAGAUGAGCAAUUUUUCAGACGCCAAGCUGAUAGAUUGGUCAAAUCCAGGUUUGAUGACACAGGAAUGUUUAUGCAGGACGUCGCGGCCGGUCUGAAAGCCUUCUACGAGGUUUCAAGGAAAAUUACUGCUGCAAAAAGCCACAUAACACUGGAGAGCAGUUAG